AUGUUUGCAAAUAAGGAAACCUUUGAAGUUUAUGAACAAGUUAAAGAAAUUCGAAAAAUUUACUCACAAUUUAAGUAAAGCAUUGUUGUUUAGCUUGAAAAACUAGAAGUCUAGAUUGAAAAAAUGAUUUAUGAGUUUUCUCAAAGUAAUUCUUCUAUUGAUCAAAUUUAUGAUAACAAAAUUGAAAAUGAAAACACCUUACUAAAUGAGGAUGAAAUGCAAUAACUGAUUUCAAAUUGGAAUAAAGUAUGUAAUCAGAAAAAUGUUGAAUAGUGCCCUAAAUUUAAUCAUCAAUUAGUAAGAAGAGUUCAGAAGACAUUUAAUCUAUGGGAUAAAUAAAUUUAAGAACUAUUAUAAUUUAAUCUCGAAAUUAUUCCAAGACAUUCCAGUUUAUAAUAUUAUUUUGGUACUAACUCAAAAUAUCAAAGUAUUAAAAUUAAUGAAAAAUCUAUAAUUGAAUAAACUCAAACUUAAAACCAUUAUUGUUUUGCUAUUAUUGAAUAAAGAUUGAAUUAAAAUGAAACUAGUUCUAUUUAAUUCAAAUUUCCAAAAUUUAUUGGAGACAUUGGAGUUGGAAUCUGUGAUUAAAAAAUCCUCAAAUCUAAAGAUUAUAGGCCUCCUUUGAACGUUGUGAAUAAUGGAUGUUUUGUUUGCUUUUAAGAUUCAUACACUAUAAAUACUGAAUAAGAAGAAUUAAACUGGAAAACUAAAGGAUUUCAAUUUGGCGAAAAAGAUGUUAUCGAAGUUACUUAUGAACCAGCUCUUAAAAGGGUCAGUUGGAAAAAAGUUUAAAAACCUCUAGAAGGAUAUUCAAUAAUCUUAAAAAAUGAUAAUAGAGAAUUACAUUUUUGCUGUAUUGUUAAAACAUAAGGAGCAAAAGUCGAAAUAAUAACAGAAUGA